AAACGCCCUCUGACAAAAAAAAAAAUUAAAUUAAAAACGCCUCCUCUCUCUCUCACCGCAAGAGCAAAACCGUUGCGCGAUCUCUCUCUCGAAUUCACAGACACAGCCAUGGGGCCCUUGAAAUCAGAAUCCGUCCGGAUUCGGCCUGAUGAAUAACCGAUGCGGCCUACUAAACAAUCACGGCUUGCAGAGGCAGAAGAAUCAAAGGCGGCAGAGGCACAAGGAUCGAAGGCGGCUGAGGCACAACAACAAAAGGUGGCUGAGGCACAGGGACCAAAGAAGUUUGCUUUUGAUUAUGCUAUACAAACCCCAAAGUUCAGGUACUGUCGCAUUUGUAUGAAGAAUGAUCACAGUGCACCACUUUGCCCGUACGGGAGAUAUUGCUCACCAGAUGUAACUGUUGGCCCAGAUGCUGCAAUAGUCUGUACGUGUUGCCAUGGUGAUCCAAAAACAGCGCACCCUGAUGUCGCUGAUGUGGAAAUGGUAACAAGAGCUGUACUCAAGAGUUCUCUGCCACGAUCAAGGAGGUAAUCAUACUGAGCGCUGCACUCAAGCUUUAUCUGUGGUUUGAAGAAUUCGGAGAUGUUCACAUAGGUUCGAGGAAUUUUAUGGAUUUUAUCUUCAUCGUGUAAUGAUUAUUGCUUUGGGAGAAUUUGUUUGAGAUGUUAUUAAGGAACAAUGGUGUUGUAAUUGUUGUUAUCCGGUGCUAUUAUUGCAAUGUACUGAAUUCAGUUUGUUGGAUGUUAAUGUUUAUAAGUAUUUGAGCCUCCAUUAUUCGUAUUCA